AUGCUAAAGUUGCAACUGCUACUUUUCUUGGCCCUUGCUAUUGUCAUUUGCGCUCAAAAGGGAAGACAUGGAUUCAAGGAUAUUCCCGGAGUAAGCGAAGCUAACAUGGCGAAACUUCGCGAAAUAUUCGAGGCACAUAGAGAGGAAUUCAAGAAGAAGAUGGACGAUUGGGUGAACAGUUUACCCGAAGAAGAAAAGAAGGCUGCCGAAGCUCACAGGGAAGAAAUUCGCAAACGAAUCGAGGCUCACCGCGCUAAUAAGGCUGGCGGUGAAGCCGCAAGCGAAUGA